AUGGCGGCGCGUGUGUUUCAACUCAUGAAUCAUCAAUUUCCUCUUCCCUCUGAUUUUGAGUUCGAUGAAAGCAGCAUCACGGACUCCGAUGAUCUACCUGCGAUGGACAAUUUCAUUCAUCGAACUGAGGUGCAGGCAUACGCUUCUCUCUUGCGUGCUUUCAUAUACAAUACCAACGAUCUCAAUAAGGAAAAGCAAAAUUUGAUAAUUAGUCUCAUAAAAGAACUCAAGAUUUCGAACGAUGAUCACAAUGAGGUUCUUGCUGAGAUUAAAAACGAUGAAAUGGUCCAUCUCGUUAGGGAGUGGAAAUCUUUUGACAAUAUUUCAUCUGAAAGGGGCGUCAAAUCACCCUUUCCAGCAGUUUCAGCUUCUCAACAGGAUCAACCAUUGUCCAGUUUGUCUUCAGUGAAAUAUGUGCAGGAUCCUUCUGUGGAACCGGCAGAAGCAGCAUCUUUAAAUCCACUGAUUGGGGAGAAAGUUUAUACUAGAUGGGAGCCUGACGGCCCUUUUAUUGAGGGUGACAUAAUUGAAUAUGACCCUGCCAAGGACAUGUAUAAAGUGAUCUACCAUGCUAAUACACCAAAAGCGGUUUGCGAUUGGAUUGAUCUGAAAGAGAUCUUACCGGAGGGUAUAGAAUGGGAAGGGAUUGAUCCUAUACCAAGUACUGUCGAACAAAAUGGACAAGACAGCGACAAUGAUAAUGCAGAAAAAGUGAAGAUAUCUAGAAAGAAGAGUACAAUAGCUUCAAAAAUGAAAGAAAGUGCAUCAAGUCUGUUGUACUGGCUUGGGAAUUUAAAUGAGGAAGAAAACUUAAGGAAAUAA